AUGGGAUUUGCGAUAACAGUAGCCGGUGCGACACGUAACGCUCAGAUUCUUUUGGGAAGUCAAAAUGAUACAGUUCCAAGACUAGUUUGUGUGAUUAUGCCACAUAAUGUUAUUUUAGCGUGGACAGAACCGAUGACCGCCAUAUCAAUGCUUGUAGUCAGUAUCGACCGGUUAAUUUCAAUCGUCAAACCAAUUUUGUAUUAUAAAAAGAUGCUAGACAUCCAGCAUUAUUUGAUAGCUGGCAGCAAUUUAUCAAUUCUGCUAUUGAUAUCUGGAAGUGUAUUUUGUUCAUAUCUGAAUAAUACCGAAGUUCAUUCUUUCUGUUGGACACCAAAUAGUCGAUGUCCAAUAUUCAAUAGGAUAUUCUACGGCACACGGAUUAGUGCAGCUGCUGGAAGUGUUAUACUUUACAUUAUCACUUUGUUCAUCGUGCGACGAUACAGCAGAAGGAUAAAAGAGAAGCAGGAUUUUGGAUCAGUAAACAUAAACAAGCGUCAACUGAACUUUACAAAAACAGUAGGUUUGUCGUGUUUUGCGACUGCUGGCCUAUACGUUCUGCCUAUGAUUGUGGCAUUCCUUGAGGCGAGUAAUGAAAUUAUACCGAAUUCUGUCUAUUCAACAAUUGUUAUCAUUUCAUUUUUAAAUUCCUUCUCCAAAACAGUUAUCGUUGGCUGUCGUUUACCUGAAAUCCGAGAAGCCGUCAUUGAUUUAAUGCCAGGUGUAUUUCGUAAGUAA